AUGGCACCAGUGCAGACAGUUCCUAAGCAGAUGGAAGCAACAUACGUUAUGAUAAAGCCAGACGGCAUAAAGAGAAGGCUAGUGGGAGAGAUCAUCUCCAGAAUAGAGAAGAAGGGAUACAACGUCUCGUAUCUCUGCACUGACUUUGCCACUGAGGAAAUACUCAGAGAGCACUACAACGAGCUUGUAUCUAAGCCUUUCUUCCCCAGCAUAAUUAGCUACAUGACCAGCGGGCCUGUUGUCAAGAUGAUAGUAACAGGGCACGAGGUUGUCAAGGGAAUGAGAAGACUGCUGGGCGCCACCAACCCAAGAGAGGCAGAGCUCGGCACAAUCAGAGGAGACCUCGCCAACUGUGUAGGCAAGAACCUGUGCCAUGCCUCAGACUCCGUGGAGAACGCAGCCCGAGAGAUAGGAAUAUGGUUCAGCGCAGAGGCCAUCCAGAAACAGUUCCCCAUGGACGACUACUCUAUGAUCUACGAGAAAUAA